AUUCGAAGAUUGACGCAUAAGCGGGAAAGACGUGUUUAAUUGCUUUGUGUAAAUUUAUUUCUUUGUGAACCCUUUUUACAACUCAGAAGUGGGAUAAGUUAGCCAUCGUUAUGCCUACAAAGGACGAAAUGCUGUGCGUGCUUGAACAUGCCGAAGUCAAUGUACCCGCAACCGCCACAUUAGCAGGAAGCCGACGGCUCUUUGAGCAAUCGUGUUCGAUUGUGUGCGAGCAGGAGACGCCAGUGCAAAAUAUGCCUCUUGAAGCAGUUCACGAAAUCGAAAAUCAUGGCGAGCCAUCGUGUAAUGUGCUUGGAAUGAUCGAGCUUGGGGAAAGUUUAAUCAUUCCCAAAGGAAAACAUGAUCCAAUACAAGGAGAAUACGACGAUGCAGUUGCUGGGGUGAGCACCAAUACCAAGCCGUCGUACAAAAUGGCCGCAAUGCCCGAUCAUAAGACAUGUUUCAUCGUGCCCAAAAGUGUGAGUGAAGCGACACAAAAGGAGCAUGUCAAACCAGUUUGCGGAGUGCUCACCAACACCGAAACGACGCGUAAAAUGGCGACCAGCGAGGAUAGUAACUUUGUUGUAUCGGUGAAUCCGAAACCAUUGCGAGAAAACCGUGCUGAAUGCGCAAGUAUUGGUGAAGCUAACCAAAAGGUGCUUCCGCUAUCCGAAGUUGUUGCCUAUGUGGAAGGUUUAAUGGAUAAAUUUAGCGGUGAUAACGGAGAAGAUGUUAAUAUGUGGGUCGGCCAACUAGAAAAAACAUUUCACACGCUACAAAUUGACGACGUUCAAAAAAUAAUAGUUACACGCCGAUUGCUCGAAGGAACCGCCGCAAUGUUUAUUAAAUCAUCUAUCCAUACCGAUUAUGAGGAACUGAAACAGAAACUGCUGAUUAAUUUUUCUUCAAAACCACCGACCGAAAGUGUAUAUCGUCAACUCUGACAACGUAAAUUGCUGCCGAACGAGAUCACAACACUAUAUAUAAUGGAAAUGGAAAACAUCGCAAAAAGAGCAAUGAUUCCGGAACAAGAACUCACUUCUAUUAUUCUUGAUGGAAUCGGAGAUCCUACUAAUGCUGCUGCAAUUCAAUUUGCGACCAAUAGUAUGAACGAGCUACGAGCUGCGCUACAACGAUACGAAUUUAUUCGGCCCCGUCAGAUGAAGCAAACAAUAGCAGCACCAAAUACUGCCCGAUCUGAUACUGCAGUAAAAUGCUACAACUGUGCGCGUUACGGGCAUCAUCAACAGGAUUGUUGACAACCCAAGUAGAAAAAUCGAGCAGUUUUUUUCAUUUUUCUAAUGACACACAACCGAUUUCAGCUUAACGGGGGGUCCAGAUUGCACGCACACAAGCGCAAAUGAACACGAUGACACGCACACAUUGAGACUCGCUGUCAGUUCGUUCUGAUGGCUUGAAAACAGGCAAAAAGUUGGGUUAUGUGUGGAUUGUAAACAUUCUGUUCGUUCAAUUCACACAAGCUUGUGCCUCAACAUCAUCUCUGCCGCGCCACCGCCUACUUGCAGUAUAUCUGUUACUUUCUUCGCUUGUUGUACUGUGAAUGAGAGAAGGAGACAUAUUAUUCAGGAAAAUGGAUUUCAACAAUAAUGUUGAGGAAAAACUAGGCGACACCAUCCCAGUCAAACCGUCGAGCAAAAAACUUGAAGCAGCAAUUUCAACCGGAUCAGCUCUACUGAAAAAUGAAAAGUGCCCUACUUAUCCAUCCCAGAAUCAUCAAAAUUCCCUACCUCCUGCCGUGCCACCACGAUCCUCCUCAUUGCCCCGACCAAAUCCUCAGUUAAUCUUAAAAACGAACAUAGCCUCACCAAUUCCUUUUCCCAUCGCACCCCCUCGAACCACAUCCUUGUCCACGCAAAGCUUUCCGGUGCAAUCCAUUUCCUUUCGAGCCAUAAGCACUCCCGCUUCCGAUCCGAAUAAUACUUUCAAAUUAAACUCGCCCACCAUACCACCACGAUCCUCUUCCUUAAUGAUGCCAAAUUCUAGUCCAGUUCAGAAUAUCACGUUUCUUCCAAAAGUCCCGGUUAACACCGAAAGUGCAUCGCAUCCUCCUACCUUACCACCACGAUCUUGUUCUGUGUCCCUUCCUGAGCCCAACAGAAAACUCAAUCCAACUGAAAAUUUAACACAGUUGGAUCGUAUUGAAAAACAGUUGAACAUUCUGUCCAAAGUAGCUUGUCACACACAAUUUGUGACGAACUUAGUUUUAGACAAUCUCUGCAACAAAGACUCAAAUUCGGAAAGGAAUCCGCUAAUCAAAAAAAUGGAAACUCUCGACAUGUUAGAAGAAAUGGAGAGAAAAUUGAAACAUGAAAGUUUAUACAUGGCAAAGACGAUUUGCCUUUUGUUAAGUGCAUUAAAAGGGACCGACAAUGUCCAAGAAAGACUAUCGAUAACACUAGAUUUGUUAUUCGAUCGCGAUUUUUUUUCCAAGUUUAGUUGGACAGGUGUUGGGUUUCCGGAAGCCAAGAUUCCAUUAGAAAAAUACGUCUAUAUUAUAAGUUUAUUUAAAUUCGUAGGAGGCACUAGCUUUAUAGAUGACACAGCUACGGUUUCACACGAAACAGUGAAGACUUUUCUAGUUGAUAAGCUAAAUCACGGAAAAGCACGAAGUUUAGUGAAAGGGUUGCGACAUACGGUGAAACGUAAAAAAGAAUUAUAGAAAAGAAUUAUGUAUAUAUGUAUAAGUUAAGUAUAUAUAUAAGUGUUUUAUUGAAUUAAUGAUUUAGGCAUUUAUACAGUUGGAAUAUUAGCUGUGAUUCAAUUUGUGAUAUGAACUAUGUAGGAGUAAACGUUUAUGAAUUUAAUGGGUAAAAAUUAUAUAUGAAAUACCAACAAUCUGUUCUAGUUCUUAAGGCAUUUCCUCCUUGCAUUUUGCCUUAUCCCGGGCAUACUCGGCAACUUUAUUCUACUCAUUUUAAUACAAAACUAAUAAAAAAAUAAACUAAUAAAAAUAUUUACCUAAACUUAAACCUUAACUACCUAUUCUAAACCUAACAGCUUACAUAUUUUAAUUAUGAUCUAACUUUCAAGUGUAUGUAAAAGAGGACUGAAAUAAAAUGUAUUACCCUGAUCUAAACUAA